AUGCGCUGUCGCUCCUCCGCCUCCACCCCCGGCCUGCGAGUGGUCUCCUGCCAGCUGUCUCUUCCACCCCGCUCUGGCUUCGGGGGCCCCCUGCCCGUGUUUCUGAGGAGCCAAGGGGUGCUAGCACAUUGUGGUAGGCCCUGGGGGACCGUGCUGACCAGACAGGCCGCGGCUGUGUCGGGACAAUACAGAGAAAUUCAAAGGCCAGUAGCAGAUUUUGGAUCAUUGUUUGACUUGGAAAAUGAUCUUCCCGAUGAGCUGAUCCCCAAUGGAGGAGAGCUGGGCCUUUUAAACAGCGGGAACCUUGUUCCAGAUGCCGCCUCCAAACAUAAACAACUGUCGGAGCUCCUGCGGGGCGGCAGCGGCUCGAGCAUCAACCCCGGGCUCGGGAACGUGAGCGCCAGCAGCCCCGUGCAGCCGGGCCUGGGGGGCCAGGCCCCAGGGCAGCCGAACAGUGCGAACCUGGCCGGUCUGGGCGCCAUGGGCAAGAGCCCGCUGAGCCAGGGAGACUCCUCAGCACCCAGCCUACCCAAACAGGCAGCCGGCGCCUCGGGGCCCACUCCCCCUGCUUCCCAAGCACUGAAUCCGCAAGCACAAAAGCAGGUGGGGCUGGUGACCAGCAGCCCUGCCACGUCACAGACGGGCCCUGGCAUCUGCAUGAAUGCCAGCUUUAACCAGACCCACCCUGGCCUCCUCAAUAGUAACUCUGGCCAUAGCUUAAUGAACCAGGCCCAGCCGGGACAGGCGCAAGUCAUGAAUGGAUCUCUUGGCGCUGCUGGCAGAGGAAGGGGAGCUGGAAUGCCGUACCCUACCCCCGCCAUGCAAGGCUCCACGAGCAGCGUGCUGGCCGAGACGCUGACGCAGGUGUCCCCGCAAAUCACCGGCCACGGGGGACUGAACACGGCGCAGGCAGGAGGCAUGGCCAAGAUGGGAAUGGCUGGCAAUACAAGCCCAUUUGGACAACCCUUUAGUCAAACUGGAGGGCAGCAAAUGGGAGCCCCUGGCGUGAACCCCCAGUUACCCAGCAAACAGAACAUGGUCAAUAGUUUGCCUCCCUUCCCUACAGACAUCAAGAAUGCUCCAGUCACCAACGUGCCAAACAUGUCCCAGAUGCAGACGCCGGUGGGAAUCGUACCCACACAGGCGAUCGCAGCGGGCCCCACUGCAGACCCGGAGAAGCGCAAGCUGAUCCAGCAGCAGCUGGUCCUCCUGCUCCACGCCCACAAGUGUCAGCGCCGGGAGCAAGCCAACGGGGAGGUGCGCGCCUGCUCGCUCCCCCACUGCCGCACCAUGAAGAAUGUCUUGAACCACAUGACGCACUGUCAGGCGGGGAAGGCCUGCCAGGUUGCCCAUUGUGCAUCUUCACGACAAAUCAUCUCUCAUUGGAAGAACUGCACACGACAUGACUGUCCUGUUUGCCUCCCCUUGAAAAAUGCCAGUGACAAGCGAAACCAACAAACUAUCCUGGGGUCUCCUGCUAGUGGAAUUCAGAACACGAUUGGCUCUGUGGGCGCAGGCCAGCAGAACGCCUCCUCUUUAAGUAACCCAAACCCCAUAGACCCCAGCUCCAUGCAGCGGGCCUACGCUGCCCUCGGACUCCCCUACGUGAACCAGGCCCAGACGCAGCUGCAGCCUCAGGUUCCCGGCCAGCAACCAGCACAGCCGCAGACUCACCAGCAGCUGAGGACGCUCAACCCCUUGGGAAACAACCCAAUGGCCAUUCCAGCGGGAGGAAUAACGACAGAUCAGCCGCCAAACCUGAUCUCGGAGUCAGCUCUUCCGACUUCGCUCGGGGAUGAGUACUACCACUUACUAGCAGAGAAAAUCUACAAGAUUCAGAAGGAACUCGAAGAGAAGCGGCGCUCGCGCCUGCACAAGCAGGGCAUCCUGGGCAGCCAGCCAGCCUUACCCGCGCCCGGGGCCCAGCCCCCCGGGGUGCCGCAGCCUCCGCCCGUGAGACCUCCAAAUGGACCCGUGCCCCUGCCGGUGAACCGCAUGCAGGUCCCUCAAGGUACUUACGCCGCCCCCGCCCCGAGCAUGAUGGAAGAGGAUUUGCAAGGGUCUGCUCAAGUUAAAGAAGAAACAGAUGGCACAGAGCAGAAGCCGGAGCCGAUGCAGGUGGACGAGAAGAAGCCGGAGGUCAGAGCGGAAGCGAAGGAGGAGGAAGAGAGCAGCUGCAGCGGGACGGCCGCCCGGUCCACGUCUCCGUCCCAGCCCCGGAAGAAAAUCGGGCCUGCUGGCGGCUGCAUGUCAGACUCCGUGGCCUCUGGUCUACGGUCCUCACUUUCCCAGGCAGCGGCCAGCGUUGACAACAGGGCCCCCACUCCGUCCUCCACGGCCAGCGCCGAGACCAGCUCACAGCAGCCAGCCCCCGAAGUGCCGAUGCUGGAGAUGAAGGCCGAGGUCAAGGCCGAGGACAGCGAGCCUGACGCCAGCGAGCCCAAGGGGGAGCCCGGGUCUGCGGAAGCCCAGCCAGCUGCCCAGUGCGCUCACACAGCCUGCUGGCUGCAUCUGAUCCCCACAGGGAGACAGACAGGCGCGCGGUGCGCGAGACCUGUUCCCAGCGCUGCUUCUUUGUCUCUGCAGUACGAGUUCUCCCCCCAGACCUUGUGCUGCUACGGGAAGCAGCUGUGCACCAUCCCUCGCGACGCUGCCUACUACAGCUACCAGAACAGGUAUCAUUUCUGUGAGAAGUGUUUCACAGAGAUCCAGGGGGAGAAUGUUACCCUGGGUGACGACCCUUCACAGCCCCAGACAACCAUUUCAAAGGAUCAGUUUGAAAAGAAGAAAAAUGACACCUUAGACCCUGAGCCCUUCGUGGACUGCAAGGAGUGCGGCCGGAAGAUGCACCAGAUUUGUGUUCUGCAUUAUGACAUCAUCUGGCCCCUGGGCUUUGUGUGUGACAACUGCUUGAAGAAAACCGGCAGAACCCGAAAGGAAAACAAGUUCAGCGCUAAGAGUAAGUGGUGGGCGCGUCGGCCCUGGUCGCUGCCUGUCCUCCGAGCCCUGGCCUGCUCUCGCGCCUCGCCACGGCGGGGGCCGGCCUGCACGGGGCUUUCAUCUGCGGGUUUGGUCCGGUACUGGCCCUGGACGUCGUUUGGCUUAAGCAUUUUCUGGUUUAAAGAUUUAUUUGCUUAUGCACACAAGGCAGGCGACCGGCACCUCGCCCUGGGCCCCAGCCAGAACGCGAGCCUUGGAGGGUCGUGGGGUGGCUCUCCCCUCCCCAGGCGCGUGUACAUAUCCUACCUAGACAGCAUUCAUUUCUUCCGGCCCCGGUGCCUGCGGACGGCGGUUUACCACGAGAUCCUCAUCGGGUACUUAGAAUACGUGAAGAAAUUGGGGUACGUGACAGGACACAUCUGGGCCUGUCCCCCAAGCGAAGGGGACGACUACAUCUUCCACUGCCACCCCCCUGACCAGAAGAUCCCGAAGCCCAAGCGCCUGCAGGAGUGGUACAAGAAGAUGCUGGACAAGGCGUUCGCGGAGCGCAUCAUCCACGACUACAAGGUGCCGUGGGCGGGGCCCUGCGCGGCUGCCUCUCGCGCGGUCAGCUGGGAUGCGGAGCCAGGCCAGGCCCAGAGGAAAGCGCAGCCGCCUCUCGCUGCCCCGUCAGGGUUUUAGCGGCCCCCCAGAGCCGGCAGUCAGGGCGACAGCAAGAGCGCCAAGAAGAAGAACAGCAAGAAGACCAACAAGAACAAGAGCAGCCUCAGCCGGGCCAACAAGAAGAAGCCCAGCGUGCCCAACGUGUCCAACGACCUGUCCCAGAAGCUCUACGCCACCAUGGAGAAGCACAAAGAGGUCUUCUUUGUGAUCCACCUCCACGCCGGGCCCGUCAUCAACACACUGCCCCCCAUCGUGGACCCCGACCCGCUGCUCAGCUGCGACCUCAUGGACGGCCGCGACGCCUUCCUCACGCUGGCCAGGGACAAGCACUGGGAGUUCUCCUCCCUGCGCAGGUCCAAGUGGUCCACGCUGUGCAUGCUGGUGGAGCUGCACACCCAGGGCCAGGACCGCUUCGUCUACACCUGCAACGAGUGCAAGCACCACGUGGAGACGCGCUGGCACUGCACCGUGUGCGAGCCGCCCCGGAGCAUCUCCCCCAGCGCCCUGCAGGACCUGCUGCGCACCCUGAAGUCGCCCAGCUCCCCGCAGCAGCAGCAGCAGGUGCUCAACAUCCUCAAGUCGAACCCGCAGCUGAUGGCCGCUUUCAUCAAGCAGCGCACGGCCAAGUACGUGGCCAGCCAGCCGGGCCUGCAGCCCCAGCCCGGCCUGCACCAGCAGCCCAGCCUCCAGAACCUGGGCGCCAUGCAGGCCGGCGGGCCUCGGCCCGGCGUGCCCCCGCAGCAGCAGGCCAUGGGGGGCCUGAACAUCAUGAACCCCGGGCACAACCCCGGCAUGGCGAGCAUGAACCCGCAGUACAGAGAGAUGCUGCGCAGGCAGCUGAUGCAGCAGCAGCAGCAGCAGCAGCAGCAGCAGCAGCCGCCGCCGCCGCCGCCGCCGCCGCCGGGCAGUGCGGGCAUGGCCGGGGGCAUGGCGGGGCACGGCCAGUUCCAGCAGCCUCAAGGACCUGGGGGCUACCCCCCCGCCAUGCCGCAGCAGCGGAUGCAGCAGCACCUCCCUCUCCAGGGCAGCUCCAUGGGCCAGAUGGCGGCUCAGAUGGGCCAGCUCGGCCAGAUGGGCCAGCCCGGGCUGGGCGCAGACAGCACCCCCAACAUCCAGCAGGCCCUGCAGCAGCGGAUUCUGCAGCAGCAGCAGAUGAAGCAGCAGAUCGGGUCUCCCGGCCAGCCGAACCCCAUGAGCCCCCAGCAGCACAUGCUCUCAGGACAGCCACCGGCCUCGCACCUCCCCGGCCAGCAGAUGGCCACGUCCCUCAGCAGCCAGGUGCGGUCCCCGGCCCCUGUGCAGUCUCCGCGGCCCCAGUCCCAGCCUCCACAUUCCAGCCCGUCGCCACGGAUACAGCCCCAGCCUUCGCCACACCACGUCUCGCCCCAGACUGGCUCCCCCCACCCAGGACUCGCGGUCACCAUGGCCAGCUCCAUAGACCAGGGACACUUGGGGAACCCCGAACAGAGUGCCAUGCUCCCGCAGCUCAGCACCCCCAGCAGGAGUGCGUUGACCAGCGAGCUGUCCCUGGUCGGCGACACCACCGGCGACACCCUGGAGAAGUUUGUGGAGGGCUUGUAGCGCUGCGAGAGCGGCCCCCACCCCCCGCCCCGCGCCCCGGCGUCGCGGAGACCCGAGCGUCCGGGCGCGCUCCUCCCGGACGGACUGCUGCUUCCCAGCGUGGAGGGUCGGUUGCUGUUCAGAGAAACAAUACAAAGAAUAUAUUUUUU